AUGUCUGAAAACCCGGAUCUUACCAAUGAGAGAGCUUCUGGAACAUUCGACACAAACGCAAUGGCUGCGGUCAUUUAUGGAAGUGAAAAGUUCGCCCAACGUCGUCGGGAAAUUACAGAAGCCAUUUCAAAGAUCCCCGAAUUUCAAGACUCCCACCCAUUGGUUUUUAUGAGUCGAGAGGAGAAAAUAAGCGAGGCAUGCCGGAAAUUAGCGGUCCUGAGCAAUUAUUGGAAUUCCCUAAUUGAUACAAGCGAUGAGGAAGAGGCGCUUCAUUUGUAUAGAGAAGUUCUUGGUCUGGAGGGACACCCAUUGGCUCUACACGAGACCAUGUUUAUACCAAGUCUGAUUGCUCAGGCUAGCGAUGAGCAACAGGAAAAAUGGUUGGGAAGAGCUCAACGGAGAGAGAUCAUUGGGUGCUAUGCGCAGACGGAAAUGGGGCAUGGCACCAACCUUCGAGCACUGGAAACCACAGCUACAUUUGACAUUUCUACCCGAGAAUUCAUCCUGAAUUCUCCAACAAUAACUUCUCUGAAAUGGUGGCCUGGAGCACUUGGAAAAAGUGCAAAUUGGUCAAUUGUGAUUGCUAAUCUUAUUAUCAAAGAACACAACUAUGGUCCACAUCCCUUUAUGGUCCAAUUGAGAGAUGAGAAAUCACAUGAACCUCUUCCAGGGAUUACUGUAGGAGAUAUUGGACCAAAAAUGGCUUUUAAUGGAGCUGAUAAUGGAUUUCUUGGAUUCAAAAACUACCGUAUUCCAAGAGAGAAUAUGCUAAUGAGGCAUAGUAAAGUGACAUCAGAUGGGAGUUAUAUCAAACCACCGCAUGCUAAAAUUGGGUACUCGAGUAUGGUUAAAGUGAGAAGUCGAAUGGCUAUGGAUCAGGGACUGUUCUUGGCGUCUGCAUUGGUGAUAGCAGUGAGAUAUUCGGCAGUGAGGAGACAAGGGUACUUGGAGGAUAAAAGCCGUGAAGUGAAAGUGCUGGAUUACCAAACCCAACAACACCGUCUAUUCCCAUCAAUCGCUCGCGCCUACGCCUUCAUCUUCUGUGGAUUUGAAACAAUUCGAUUAUAUGAUCAAUUAUUGAUUGAUGUUCAAAAUGGGAAUACAUCUGGAAUGGCUGAUCUACAUGCAUUGACUUCUGGAUUGAAAUCAGUGGUCACUUAUCAGACUGGAGAGGGCAUUGAACAGGCGAGAAUGGCAUGUGGAGGGCAUGGUUAUUCUAUGGCCAGCUACAUUUCUGAAUACUACGGUGUAGCAAUCGCCGGAUGUACGUAUGAAGGGGAGAAUAUGGUGAUGCUUCUCCAGUUGGCAAGAUAUCUUGUCAAAUCGAUUGAAAUGAUUCAAAAUGGAAAAUCAAGGGAAUUGGGACCAAUGGUGGCGUAUCUAGCUGAAAAGGAAUCAGAAAUUGAUCUAAAUUUGGGACCAAAUGAGUAUCUGAAAGUGUUCGAAUAUGCAGCAAGGAAUCAGACAUGGAGAGCUACGGAAAAGUUCCAGAAGUUGAGGAAUUCUGGGAUGAGCAAUGAGAAGGCGUGGAAUCAAGCAUCCGUGGAAUUGACUAGGGCCAGUCGCCUGCACACUCGUCUCUACAUAAUGUCCACUUUCAUCAAUCAUGUAGGAUCAAUAGUAGAUCAAAAAGUGAAGGGCGUAUUGAUUGAUUUAUUGAAUGUACAUGUAACAUAUGAAGUCAUGGACAUUGGAAUAUAUGUCCAGGGAUUACUGUCAUCGAAUCAAAUGGACUUGAUAAGGAAUCAGUUGUAUGUGUCUCUUGAGACAAUCCGUCCCAACGCUGUCUCUCUUGUCGACUCAUUCCAAAUCAGUGAUAUGCAGUUGAGAUCGGUCCUCGGUCGUCGAGAUGGAAAUGUCUAUGAGAAUCUCUUCAAAUGGGCAAAAUCGUCUCCAUUGAACAAGACAGACGUACUUCCAUCAGUUACUCAGUACUUAAAACCAAUGAUGGACAAAUCGAAGCUCUAG